AUCCUGACGGUGUCCGGCCCGCCCGAAGGAGGGACGCGCGUGACCAUCCACGGCGUGAACCUCGGCCUGGCCUUUGCCGAGAUCGCUCAGCAUGUGCGGGUGGCCGGGGUGCCCUGCACGCCCCUGCCUGGGGACUACGUGGUCGCCGAGCGACAAGCCUCGCCCCCAGACAGGCCCCGUCCCCAGACAGGCCCCGUCCAGAAGUCCCCGCCCCCAGAAGGCCCCACCCCUAGGCAGGCCCCACCCCCAGGUGGGCCCUGCCCGCUCAGGCCCUGCUCUGCUGGCCGCAGGAUCAUCUGCGAGAUGGGCCGACCCCGGGAAGGCCCCGCCCCCAGGCAGGUCUGCAGAGUGGUGAACGCCACCACGCUGACCUGCCUGGCGCCCGCCCUGGGCACGGACCCCCGGCCCGGCCUGGACGCCGUGGAGCCCGAGGAGUUUGGCUUCGUGUUCAACAACGUGCAGUCGCUGCUGCUGUACAACGGCACCAAGUUCACCUACUACCCCAACCCCAGCUUCGAGCUGCUCAGCCCCACGGGCGUGCUGGACCAGAAGCCGGGGUCCCCCAUCAUCCUGAAGGGCAAGAACCUCUGUCCACCCGCCUCGGGGGGCGCCAAGCUCAACUACACGGUGCUGGUGGGGGCCACGCCCUGUGCCGUCACAGUGUCCGAGACGCAGCUGCUCUGCGAGCCCCCCACGCUCACGGGGCAGCACAAGGUCAUAUGGAGGCAGGGCCGCAUCGCCCGGGUCGUGCUGCAGGACGAGGACGUCACCACCAAGAUCGAGGGCGACUGGAAGCGGCUCAACACGUUGGUGCAUUACCAG